AUGAUCUCUUACUUACAACCUUGCAGAUCGAAUCCCCUCAAACGUACAAAAUCUGUUACCAAAUUGGAACGUACCAAAAGAGGCUCAGGCGGUUUACGUGGUUCACGUUCACAUGAGAGUUUACUUUCCAGUCAUGCCGUCAUGUCUACCAUUGAUCUCUCCUGUACCGGCGCUGUAGGUGUUGCGCCAGUACAUCAAUCAGUACUUGGACGCCGACACUGCUUCCAGGUACGCGGUGGUCCACGUGGUGAGCGUUACUAUUCAUGUGGUUCACGACAAGAGCGUGAUCUAUGGAUUUAUUCACUACGUAAAUCGAUUGCACCAAAUGCGGAGCAUACACGGCACACAGACAACUCACUGAAGAUGUGGGUGUAUGAAGCAAAGAAUUUGCCACCAAAGAAAAAAUAUUUCUGUGAAUUGCAUUUAGAUAAGACGCUUUAUGGGCGGACAAGCGUUAAAUUGCAAACAGAUCUAUUAUUUUGGGGUGAAUAUUUUGAUUUUCCUGAUAUACCAGACAUUAAUGUUAUCACAGUGAAUGUCUUUCGUGAAGUUGAAAAGAAAAAGAAGCGUGAUAAGCACAUGUUUGUUGGUUCAGUUAAAAUACCAAUACAUGAAGUUACUACCCGUUUAUUCUCAGAAGAUUGGUAUCCCAUACUCAGUGAGAAAAAUGAUAGUCUCAAUCGUAAUGCUAAAGAAGUUAUACCAACCUUACGUAUUAAAUGUCGUUUCCAGAGUACUGAUAUACUGCCUAUCAAUGUUUAUGCCGAUUUCUUGGCUUAUCUUAAAGACAACUACAAGCGUGUUUGUGAAACUCUAGAACCAGUCAUUGGUGUUAAGGCCAAAGAAGAUAUCGGACAAGCUUUGGUUUUGCUUAUGCAUGCACAAGGUUUAGCUGGUCCAUUUUUAACUGAUGUUGUGGCUUUGGAUUUAUUACGUGUGGGUGAUCAACGACUCACCUUCCGUGGAAAUUCAUUAGCUACUAAAAGCAUGGAAGCAUUUUUAAAAUUAACUGGCGAACAGUACUUGCAAGAUACACUCUCCGUACCCAUAAAUGAGAUAAUACAAUCGGAUUGUGAUUGUGAAGUAGAUCCGACAAAGAAAACUGGUUCAUUACAACGUCAACAGGCAUCGUUACGUGCUGCUGUGCGCAACGCAUGGCAGUGUAUCUACGAAUCCCAUAAACAUUUUCCACCACAGUUGCGUUCAUGUUUUGCUACCUUCCGUGAGCGUUUGAAUCAAUUGGGUCGACAAGAUAUGGCUGACAAUUUAAUAUCAGCAUCGAUAUUUUUACGUUUCCUUUGUCCCGCUAUACUCUCUCCUAGUUUAUUUAACAUAACAAAUGAAUUGCCUUCUUCUCGUGCAACUCGUAACCUCACAUUGGUUGCCAAAACAUUGCAAACGCUUGCAAAUUUCACACACUUCCAGGGUAAAGAAAUUUUCAUGGAAUUUCUCAAUGACUUUCUGGAGCAAGAAGCGCCACGUAUGAAGGAAUUUUUACAACAAAUAUCCACACGUCCGGAGCAUACAACUCCAGAAUCAAUACUCGAUUGGGCUGGUUACAUAGAUCAAGGCAAACAGUUAUCAAUUUUACACACUUUACUGAGUGAAAGUAUAACCAAAUUGCCAGAAGCACGCCAACAUGAGCUUGAUCCACUUCAACAUAUACUAGACGAAAUUACAAAGGCCAAAGAUAGUAACAACUACUUGCAACACAUGCCACAUAUGACCAUGAGUCAAAAUGAAAACCAAGAAAAUCACAAUCCUGAAGAUUGUCAAACACAGCCAAUGCAGCAUCAAGCGCAGUUAGCACAACCACAACAUGCAGUUGUCACAAAACCAAUACCAGCUGAGCGUGGUAUAAUGCGUGGUGUGUUAACUCCAAGCUCAUUGGAGAAAAAUAUUUUCCGUUACAAUGAUCCAACAGUUAAUGGUAUUUUGCAACAGCAACAACAACAGCAGCAACAGCAACAGCUCGUAAAUAACGGCAUGGAUAGACGUCAUUCGAAUUCUCAAAACUCCAUUGCUGGGUCACAGUAUAUUAACUCGAAUUUACAACACGCGCAGUCACAAAGCUCAAUAGCUUCGUCUUCGAUGAAUGGCAGCAGUCACAAUUUAUUAAUACCAACAACUAUACAACACCAUUGUCCACCAGCGCCCAAUGCAAGCGCAACGAAUACAAUUGACCGUUUAGGUAGUAGUAAUGCCCAUUAUUAUCCCGCUUCCAACGGAAAUUUGUCAGCAGUCAGUAGCAUGAAUCACAAUGGUAAUGACAGUGAGACUUCAGCAAAUAUGCUGCGUGCCACCACUUUACCACGCGGUAACAACAAUAACUACGAUGAAUUACCUGGUGAUUUCAUACAAAUCUCUGGCUUGGACACAAACAGCGCAUUUGUGCGUAAAUCUCCAACGCCCAUGUUGAAGUCAAGUUCUAGUAUGUUGAGCGGUGGCGUCUCUAGUAUUUCACAACAACGUCAUCACAAAUUGAAUAACUCAAAUGUUAGUCUUUCACUCAGUGAACGUACACCUAGCAAAUUGAACUUGGGUAUACCAGAUCACUCUAGUUCACCGCUAUCUCACAAACUGCAAUCAUACCAAAGGUCAACAACACGUGAAACAAAUCCAAAUUCAAAUAUGCCAAUGAAUUUAGAAGAUUUGGAUGAUUUAUUCAAAUAUGCUGAAGAGCACGCAGUGGUUGGAGAAAUAACACCAGUUGGAAAUUCAGGCAAUAGUAAUAAUCACAAAACCAAGGAGCAAUUAUCUGCUAAAAGCAGCCAUUGCAGCUCUGGUUACCAAAGUAUAUCCACAAAUCCACCCUCACAAUCUGCAAGUCCUGUUGAAAAUCAAGUUGGACAAAAGUCUAACGCCGCUCCGCUUGCAUUUAAGAAUCCCUCUUAUCAGCUGCAAUCGAACAGUAAUAGUGGACCACACCACCAUCAUCAUCAUCAUCACCACCAACGUGUUAAUUAUAGUAGUGGAUUUAAUAGUGGACAAACAGCACAUCAGCAACUGUUCGGUGGCAAUCGGCCAAAACCACAAGGCAGUGGUAUUGUUGCUGCACGUGCUGCACUAUUAAAUAAUGGUGGCGCUAUUAGUUCUUCGCUGACGCCCUCCUCAUCUGAAGAACGCCUAUCCACAGAAAACUAUCACAUCGGCUAUCCACAUAUAGGCAAUGCGUCAAAAUUAUUAAAAUCUCCUUCACAUGGUCACAUAGAGGCACAACGUUCACUUAGUGGUGGCAGUAGUUCUUCAUCUUCUGGUGCCAAUAUUGUUAUUGGUCAACAUUUAACUGCCUCCGCUUCAACGCGCUUACCACGUACUAAUCCGCAGUUCAAGCGCGAAGAUAUUUAUGGCAGCAAUAGUGGUAAUUAUAUGGCAAAUACAACAAGUUCCGCAAAUGCCCCACAUCCAGGUACUGUUGCUAUCUAUAAUGGUGGUCAGUCACAGCAGUAUGGUAACAAUAUGCAUCAUAGUUCUGGACUUGGUAUAGGGCACAGUGGACGUUAUCAGCGACGUUUAAGUUUAGACUCUGCUCGCACGCUUUCGGAUAGCUCUACGGAUACAGAAGGUCACUGUCAACCACACGAAGGUAAACGUCGUCGUCAACCUCGUCUGAAUUCGAAUAAUACAAACAGUAAUAACGGGUAUGAUCAAAAUGGCGAAAUUCAAUUGCUACAGGAAACGCUCGAUACGUUGCGACACACGCUUGAUCGCGACGAAGCGGAAUUGCGUGACUCCAGCGAUGAAUUGUUUGCUUUGAACCGUCACACCGGCGGAGGAGUAAACAAUUUGAGCUUACAAUCAGAAUCCACAAUGCGCAGUAUUAUUGACAGGUUAAUAACCAUGGAGGAGGAACUCCGCCGCGAGCAGCUUAAAAUGUCUCUGGCGCUCUCCCAUAAGCAGCGCGUCAUCGAGGAGCAAGGCCAGCAAAUAGCCGCACUUGAUGCCGCCAAUAGCCGCUUAUUGAGUGCACUAACCGCCCUGCGUCAACGGUAUGAGACCCAACAGCAGCAGCAGCAACAACAACACGCGCAACAGCAAAACCAAACGCAACAGUGAGCGCUGGAAUCUGCAAACACCGACAAUCGCAAUAAGCUGCAAAUAAAAUAUUUAGUCUUUAAGCAAAAUAAACAAAAAAGUUAUUUUAAUAUCUUUAAAAAAAAUAU